CAGAGAAUCUCUGCACGCGCUCAUGAGACAGAGAUGCUAAAACCGCUCACAACUCUCAACUAAAACAAAUUGCCAAGGUGAAACCAUGCCGUCCGUACCCAAGCUCUUUACGGCAUGGAUGGCCUUCCUCCUCACCUUCAUCCCGCUGCUCUUCAUCCUCAUCCUCGGCUCCGCUGACGUUCAGGGAGCGUCAGUUAGAGAACACAGACUGUCAGCCAGCGAGCCGGACCCUCGCAGGGGGACCCCCUACAUGCCCCCUAACGCUGACAUGCUCAAAGCUUUGGAGUACAUCGAGACCCUGCGCCAGCAGACCGGGGCGGCCCCCGAGGAUGACAACCGCCACUCUCCAAACAACGACGUCGCAGACGUGAACACAGAAAAACUACGCUCAAUGCUGAAACUAACCUCUCCAUCUCAAACCCAGAGAGAGCCUGGGCGAGCUCAAGAUGGAGAGGAGGAGGAGGAAGAGGAGGAUGAAGGAGAAAGCAAUACUGAGGACAAGACCCAGGAGUGGCUAAAAGCUCUACUUAGUACCCUCGAACAGGGAGAAAAAAGUCCCAGACCGGCGCCGGCACGCAACACUGAGGAUGGCAGCCAGGUAGAGGGCGGGGCUUAUCCGUGGGAGUGGCAGCAGCAUGGCAGUAUCAAACCUCCCAGAAAGUACCCUCUGAUGUUUGAAGAUGAGGGGGAGGAGGGCGAGGGAGAGGAGGAGGAGAGGCAGAGGAGCUCGGACCGCGAGAGCCCCUUCAAACGCACCAAUGAGAACGUGGAGGAGAAGUACACGCCCCAGAAUUUGGCCACUCUGCAGUCUGUGUUCGAGGAACUAGGGCGGCUGGCCAAUGGCAAGGCGGGACACAAAAGGCAAGCCUAUGCUGAGGAUGAUGAAGAUGAAGAGGAUGAUAACACUGACGAUGGCAUGUUGAGGAUGAGGAACCUGGACUACGAUGAAGAGCCUGCAGAAGAGGACUGGGCACCUUUGGAGAAACAGAUCAGGAUGGAGGAGGAAGAGAGAGGCAACGGGAAAGAGUUUGACCGAGGCCUUGACGAUGACGAGGAUGUUGAGGAGGAGGAAGAGGAGGAUGAUGAUGAUGAUGAGAGCAAUUACCCGGCAAAAAGGUCAACACAGUCUGGCCCAGGAGAAGAUUCAGAUGACCUCACAAAGCUGGUGGACUACUACCUGUUAAAGGUGCUGGAGAAAACCGAGGAGGAUCAACAGAAAAGAGAGCUAGAAGAGGAAGAGAAAAGGGCUGUUAGAAGGGCGACUCAGUCCAUCGACCCCGAGGCUAUCUACCAGCUUAUCAGAAUCUCCCAGAAUUUACAGAUACCUCCAGAUGAUCUGUUGGAUAUGCUUAAGUCUGGAGAGGGCAUUCAACAAGAACGAACCCCGCAGAGGAUUCUAGCAAAGACACACAAGCCCAACAUUUUAGCCAAGGUUGAGGAUAAGCUGAACUCUUACCAAAAGUAUAAAAGCCCCCCUGCAAAUUAUUACAACAGACAGCUGCCUGAGGCCCAAGCAAGAGAUAUCACAGAAGACAUAAACACAGAUGACAUUCUAAACAUCCUCGGACUGGGAAGCCUGGGAAAUCAGAAGGCGACCACAGUCAAACAUCAUAAAAGCUCCCCCGCGCCAGCUGCAAGGCAAGGAGACCGCACAUUCUCUCAUGCUGGCGUUCCCGAGGAAAUAAAGGAUGACUAUGGCGAUUCUGUUGACGAAGACGAGCUAGCAACAUAUUUAACAGGCCAAAUGUUGGCGUUGUAUCCGGAGCCAAUUAAAAGCAAAGCAAGCCCAAAGCGAUCUUCUCAGCCUUUCUCGCAGAAGGAGCAGCCCGCCCUUGGAACGUUUGAACAGGCGAUACAGGACUACUUUGACCAUAUGGACUCAGACAAAAGUAAAUCUCAAAAAAGGCAGUCAGAAACCGAAGACAUGGGAGGUGCAACUCAAACGCAACCAUUAGAUGAUGAGGCACUACUGAAAAUUCUGAGCUUCUUAAACCCAGAGACCGACGAGAGUGAAGACAAGGACCUUAAUGCCAAAUCUGUCAAAGGAAUGUAGAUGGUGUAGAUGAAGUAUGUAGAUAUAUGGUACAUAUUAUAUUGUUUUGAUGGGGGAGAAUCAUAAUAAAGUAUUUUGAAAACUAAAAACAUGCAAGAGUGUAUUCAGUAGAUUUACAACAAUUCCUGCUUGUGUAGCAAAUUUCUUUAGACCUCUAUGGACUGAUGUAGCUUCAGGGCAGUGCCUAUUAAUGUUAGCAACUGGGGUUUGUGGUAUAUUCGAUGUUUUUGAUAUAGGCUAGUUAAUAAAACACUAGUUAAUAGACCACUUUAUAGUUCAAGUUUUCACCAGCCAUUUCAAUGCACAUAGUACAGCCAAACUUGUCAGAUCCUUCAGAUGCAGUAUUGUGUUCCUAAC